AUGCCCGGUCCCAUUUUUCUUCUCAAGGGCAAGUUUAUGCCGCCCAAGCAAAUCAGGAAGACUUUUGAAGGUAAGACCGUCAUCGUGACAGGGUCAAAUACCGGCGUGGGCUAUGCAACCGCCCUCAAAUAUGUCCAACUCGCUGCAUCAACGGUCAUUCUGGGUGUCAGGAGUCUGCAGAAGGGCGAAAUGGCAAAGUCGCAAAUUGAAACAGCGACAGGGCGGACAGGCGUUGUCCAAGUAUGGCAAGUGGACAUGGGCAGCUUCGAAAGCAUCGAUGCAUUCGCCAAGCGAGUCGAGAGCUUGAAAAGGGUCGAUGUCGCUGUUCUCAACGCAGGUAUCUUUCCUCGCACUUUCAAGCUGUCUGAGAAGGGGUGGGAGAGCAAUCUUCAAGUCAAUACUCUUGGGACUGCGCUCUUGGCGAUCCUCCUCGCUCCAAAGCUGCAAGCGUCUCGAACUGCAGAUUCACCGGCACAUCUAGUCGUCGUCACAUCGACGGGGCACAUGGACGUGCAGUUGAAACCUCAAGACAAAGAUCAGCUUCUCCACAAAUACAACAACGACCUUGGCGUGGGACCGUAUCAGCAGCAUGUGGCCUCCAAGCUAUUCAUGAUGUGGAUUACAAGAGAGCUGGCACAUCGCUGUCUCAAUGGCAAAGGCGAACCGACGGUGAUUAUCAAUGAUGCGUGUCCUGGUGCAUGCCGGAGUGAUGUUGCAAGAGACUUCGACACCCCUCUAUUCACCAUUGCCAAGCGCAUCGGCUCUUUUCUGGCCAUGAGACCUGCGGAAAACGGCGCUCGCGUGCUUGUUGGCGCAUCCGCUCUAGGGGAGGAUUCAAACGGACGGUGGCGGUCUGCAGACGGAACUUACGCGCCACCUGGCGAGUUCAUUACCAGUGAUGAAGGCAAGAUCUUGCAAAAUGCAAUGUGGACUGAAGUUGUCGGUGUUCUUGAACAGAAGAUUCCUCGAGUCAAGGAUGUGAUUGCGAGCGUUUUACAAUUUGCGUUCAUGACAGAGAUCCGGCCCUUUAUGGAUGCUAAACUCACGGCGAUGCUCUUCGUCGCCGAAGAGCAAGAGUACCAAAAAUAG